AUGGUUUCAAUUAAAGUUAACAACGACUCUGUCAAGUACUCUGAGGAUAACUCAAAGUUAUCUACUACGUACACCUACAAGAACUCCAUCGUCAAGGAGUCCGAGCCUGGUGUGUUUACCGUUUCUCCUUUCACAAAGGAUUACGAAUUUGACGUGAACUUGAAAGUUCCAAAGGUUGGUUUGUUGCUCGUUGGUUUGGGCGGUAACAAUGGUUCCACUUUUGUCUCUGCUGUUGAGGCCAACAAGCAGAAGAUUACUUUCAACACCAAAGAUGGUGAAGUUAAGGCCAAUUACUUUGGUUCUGUUACUCAGUCUUCCACAGUUAAGAUUGGUAUCGACGAGACCGGCAGAGAUGUCUAUGUUCCGUUCAGCUCCAUCUUGCCAUUGGUUAACCCAAGUGACUUGAUUGUCAGCGGUUGGGACAUCAGUGGUUAUGACUUGGAGAAGGCUGCCAAGAGAGCCAAGGUUUUGGAAUACGACUUGCAACAAAAGUUGGGUCCAACUUUGAAGAACUACAAGCCUUUGAAGUCCAUCUACUACCCAAGUUUCAUUGCUGCUAACCAGGAGGAGAGAGCUGACAACAUCUUCAACGUUGAUGCCAAUGGAAACAUUGACCAAAAGUCCAAGUGGGCUCACGUUGAACAGAUCAGAUCAGACAUCAAGAACUUCAAGGAGUCCAACAAGUUGGACAGUGUUAUUGUCUUGUGGACUGCAAACACUGAGCGUUACUCAAAACUUUUGGAUGGUGUCAAUGAUACCUCUGCCAACUUGUUGAAGUCCAUCAAGGAAGGUCACGCUGAAGUUUCUCCAUCUACCGUGUUUGCCGUUGCAUCCAUUUUGGAGAAGGUUCCAUUCAUCAACGGUUCCCCUCAAAACACGUUUGUUCCAGGUGUUGUUGAAUUGGCUGAGGAAUACAAGUCCUUCAUCGGUGGUGAUGAUUUCAAAUCUGGUCAAACCAAGAUGAAGUCUGUCUUGGCCCAAUUCUUGGUUGAUGCUGGUAUCAAGCCUGUUUCCAUUGCUUCUUACAACCAUUUGGGUAACAAUGAUGGUUACAACUUGAGUUCCAACGAGCAAUUCAGAUCCAAAGAGAUUUCCAAGGGAUCUGUCAUUGACGAUAUCGUUGAGUCUAACAGCAUCUUGUACAACAAGGAGCUUGGUGACAAAGUUGAUCACUGUAUCGUUAUCAAGUACAUCCCUGCUGUUGGUGAUUCCAAGAUUGCCAUGGAUGAGUACUACUCUGAGUUGAUGCUUGGUGGUCACAACAGAAUCUCCAUUUCCAACGUUUGUGAGGAUUCCUUGUUGGCCACCCCAUUGAUCAUUGAUUUGGUUGUCAUGACUGAAUUCUUGUCCAGAGUUUCCUACAAGGAGGCUUCCAGCAGCGAGGAGCAGCCUUUGUACCCAAUUUUGGGUUACUUGUCCUACUGGUUGAAGGCUCCUUUGACCAGAAAGGGAUUCCAAACCAUUAACGGUUUGAACAAACAAAAGCAAGGUUUGGAGAACUUCUUGAAGGUUUUGGUUGGUAUUCCAAUCUCUGACGAGUUGAGAUUCGAAGAGAGAUUGUAA